CCAGUUGCUGACCCAAGCGGAAGAGGCCCGAGGCUCGCCGCUGGACACGUGGAAGGCCCGCGUUUCACAGAAACAGUUACCCCCGUUGGCUCCUCGCCGUCGGAAGAGGCUCAACGGCCUUUUCAGUCGUCAUACUUUCACCGGCGGCUUCUGCUUUUUCACUUCCACAGAGCAUCCAUGGCGGCUUCCGUCGGUUCGACGCUCCUGUUCGACCCUCUCCAACACAGCCGAACCGCCAACCGCGCUUCCGCUCUUUCGUUCCCUCGGCAAUCCGAGAAUCGCUCUCUCCGACCCGGUCGCAAUCUCCGGAGCUCGAGGGAACAUCUCGUGCUGUCAUGGCGGAGGAGCCGCGUCACCGCCUCUGCCGUUUCUGGCUCUGCUGGUGUGGAAACCUCGGCGGUCGGUGAAGAUACGGUAGAUUCAUUGGAUGAUGUACUGGUGUUUGAUUUGAGCGGCAAUGCCAUUCCGAUCUCUGAUCUGUGGAAAGACAGGAAGGCCGUGAUUGCAUUCGCUCGCCAUUUCGGGUGCGUGCUCUGCCGGAAACGCGCCGAUUAUCUAGCCGCUAAGAAGGAUAUAAUGGAUGCAUCUGGCGUGGCACUUGUGCUGAUUGGACCAGGAAAAGUUGAGCAGGCAAAAGCUUUCUCGGAGCAAACAAAAUUUCAAGGAGAAGUGUAUGCAGACCCUAGUCAUUCGUCAUACGAGGCAUUAAGAUUUGUCUCCGGAGUCACAACAACAUUUACUCCUGGGGCUGGUCUCAAGAUAAUCCAGUCAUACAUGGAAGGUUAUCGACAAGACUGGAAGCUUUCUUCAGAGAAGGAUACUGUGUCUAGAGGAGGCUGGCAACAAGGUGGUAUUAUUGUUGCAGGUCCUGGGAAAAACAUCAUCUCUUAUAUACACAAGGAUAAAGAGGCAGGGGACGACCCACCCAUUGAAGAAAUCAUGAGAGCGUGUUGCUCCUAAACAGAGAGGCGUAUUUUUUGCUUUCAAUGAUGUCUCUCUGACCCUGAGGCAUGUACCCUCCUCUAUCUAAGCCAUACGAAUCUGCUUCAAGCUUCCAGAAAUAGUGAUGCUCGGCCUUCGAAAUCGAACAGCAGUAUGCGGGUAGUAUCUCCCGACGUUUACAAGCAUUCUCUCAUAGAGGGAAAUUUGGCAUAUACCCAAUGUCAUCUUAUAUUACUAGGAGCUUUCUGUCUACUGUAGAAACGCCGACAGAUUCUACACUUUGGACAAAAAAAGAGAGCUAGGAACCAUAUCGUUGGUGAAACGUGCAAUGAUACAGAAUAAUCUUGAAUGCCUCUCAGCUUUACACCUUGUAUCUAAACUUUGAUGUACAUAACAGAGGUUUUGCAGCUCUCCUGUAAACUAUCGAAUACAUAUCUAGCAUCAGAAUUUUACUGAAA